AUGAUCAGACACACCACAACUCUCCAGAUGGAAGCGGCAAAGUAUGGAUUGAUGGUUAACGCAAGCAAAACGAAGUACCUUCAUAGCACGCGCAACCCACGUCCACUACAGGAUGUCACCAUUGGAGAUGAUACAAUUGAAGGAGUCAGCAGCUUUAAGUACCUGGGGUCGAUACUGUCCAGCCGGAAUAAGGUUGGAGAUGAGGUGAAUGCCAGAAUCAUGGCUGGCAGUGGAUGCUUUUACUCUCUCAGCAAACUUUUCCGAUCAAAAUACCUUAGUGCAAAAUCCAAGCUGUCUAUCUAUAAGACCAUAAUACGCCCCGUCACCACCUAUGGGUGUGAAGCAUGGUCACUAACAGCUUUGGAAACCCAAAAGCUUGCCGUGUUUGAGAGGAAAGUUCUGCGCAAAGUGUUUGGGCCAGUGAAAGACGCAGACGGUGACUACCGUAUACGCAUGAAUCACGAGCUGGAGGCACUCAUGAACCGAGAAACAAUCGUCCGAUUCAUCAAGUCACAGCGUCUGAGAUGGGCUGGGCACGUAGAGAGGAUGGGCAAAAACAGGGCACCCAAGAUUAUGACCGACUGGAAGCCGCAGCAAAGGAGACCUAGAGGAAGGCCGAGAAAGAGAUGGUGCGACUGCAUCGAGGAUGAUCUCAAGGCACUGAAAUGUUUUACGAACUGGAGAAGGACAGCCAAGGAUCGUCGCGCAUGGCAGUCUAUUGUGGAAGAGGCCAAGACCCACAAAGGGUUGUAG